AUGGAUGACUUAGAAAGAACCAAUUUCACGUGUGCGGAUGAAGAAAGACAAUACUGGAAAAGUCUGGCUAUGAAAUACAGGAAAUGGUAAGUUAUCUUUUGAAUUAAGAGUUCUCUCUGUGUAACAUGUAAAGCUUUUUGAUUUAAAGGGACACACUAAACACCAAGCAUCAACACUUCCUUUAAGUAAAAUUUAUUUUAUUUUUACUGAAAAGUGUUGUUUAAUUGCAUCGUGUGUGUGUGUGUGUGUGUGUGUAUAGUGUAAUAAAUACUUAAAGGUAUACUAUAGGCAUCAAAACAACUUUAGCUUAAUGAAGCAGUUUAGAUGUAAAAAUUCUGCCUCUGCAGUCUCACUGUUCAGUCUAUUUAGCCCUAGCCACACCUACCAUGACUGUGACUAGCACAGCUUGCAGGGAAAAUUGGUUUGAUUUUCAAUCAGAUGUUAACUUGCUUUAGAAGUUUUAUCUGCUGCUUUUGUAAAUUGCACUCUAAACACAUAGUGGAGCCUCCUGCUGUUUCUAGAAGACUAAGGUGCAGAAGAUAAGAAGUUAUUGAUUAAACAGUCAGUGCAAUAAAGGAACUUAAAAUAUCCAGGUUCCUCUUUAGAGGUAUAUUAUGUCCCUUGCCAUGUGAAUGUGUGUAUGGAUAUUCUGAAGAGUGGAUGGAGGUGCAUUGGGCAAGGGGCAACCAAAAUAGGGAGAAUACCCAUGUUUUGAUUGACCUUUAAAACCAGGUUGUUUAUAUUUGCCUCAGUUUAAGCGAUAUCAAGUUUACCAAUGUAAGUCUACCAGUAUUUACAAAAUAUGUGAAAGCUAUGAUUUUAUGUGUAUUACGUGUUUGAUACCAUAUAUAAGAAAAAAAAUGAAAAAAUAUCCAGGUUCCUUUUCAGGACAUGUUUACAAAGGCUUUACAAGUCACAUGCAGUGAAGUGUGACUAUGGAAAAGUAAUUUAACUUCUAAAAUGGCAAAGAAUUGACCCGUGAGACUGCAGGGGAAUGAUUUAUACACCAAAACAGCUUCAUUAAGCUAAAAGUUAUUUUGGAACCUAUAGUGUCCGAGGUUACUCCAAGCACCAUGACCUCUUCAGUGAUUUGAAGUUGUCGUGGUGCCUGGAGUCUGUCUGUGCAGAGUUUCACCUUACAAUGUAGCACAUUCGUCUCCCUGCUGCCGUAUGUGUAACUUUACCUCCGGCAGCAUCAUAAUGGUGUCAUCAGCCUGCAUAGAACUAAAGUUCCGGACUUGCUAAUGUCAGACAUAAGACAGUCAUUGACUGAGAGCAGUCAGCUGACACCCAUAGCCAAUGAAUGUCGACUGCCCCAGCUCCUGCAGCUCAGCUGAAGCCAGAAGCACACCACUGAACACCGCAGAGCAUCGGAACCCAGCAGGGAGCACACGUGCUAUAAACGUUUGCCUCAUUACAGGCUGACUUUGUCAGGGUAACCCCUGGCAUCAUAACCAUUACAGCGGCCUUUAGUGGCGGUGAAACCCUUUAAAUAACUUAAAGAAUCCUGACUUUUUUUUUUUUUUUUUUUUAAACCAGCAAUCACUUUUAAAACCAAUAUAAAACCCAAAAUAAAGCAAGAAAAUUGGUAAAAGUAUAUUAAAAUAUAUAUAUUUAUGUAUAAACUUGAUCAGAAUGGCGUGUUUGGGCAUGCCUUCUCAGUUAGGGGUGUUUCUUCAGCCUCCCCCGCCCUUCUUACAAACCUAUUUGUUUCAGACCAGACCACUAAUGACAAGGAGGGAUCACUGUGCAGCAGUAGGAGAGAAAAACCCAACAUCAGAGCAUGCUCUGCAUGAUCUCUUCUCCCCAUCAGGAUAUUCCAUGGUGAAAGGAUCUUCCAACUGCACAUGUGUAAAUCUGUCAGUCAUACCCAAUGCGCUUUUCCAGCAUUCCUAGUUUUAUGAAUACUGCACAGGUGUUUUUUUAUUUAUUUUUUUGUGUUAAACUGUUUUCAAUCACAGGCAGACACGUUUCUGAGGAGCUCCGUACAAGCGACCGAUAAAAUAGACUAAAAACCCGACAAACUGUGCCCAACAGCGGCCACACACAGACGUCAAUGGGGCCCAAAAUUAAAAAAUUUCCCUCUCCCAGAGACACCCAGAAUGUCAGUUAUUCUGCUCUAGUUUGUGAGGCCUAAUCCACCGGCUCCUGUCAGAAUGGUGCCCGAGGCACCCAGUGAAGAAAAGGACUCCCAUGGGGAUGGGGGAGAGUCUUACCUAGUCUCCAGCAGACACAGAGACCCGUUACCAGGUCUCCGAAUCGGGGGAGGACUCUUCCCCAGUGACUAAGCUGGAUAUUCAAAACCUCUCGGCAGAAAUGGGGGAAGUGUGGAAGGCUGACCUACUGAGCACUCAGAAAGAAGUGGGGAACUUCCAACAGCGGCUAACAGCAGUGUAGACGAGGUAAGGUGCAAGGGAGCACCAACUACAGCACUCCCAAGACUCUAUGCAGGCUCUUACCUUGCCAAGUACAAAAGCUCACACGGACUGUCACAACAAUGGAAGCAUGGCACAGACGGCGGAAUGUCCGCCUCCGAGGGAUACCAUAAAGUAUUGGAGGGGAGGCCCUGCUUCCCUACAUCCACCGCCUAUUAUCCGUAAUGGGCAUCAAAGGGGAAGCUGAGCCAAGCAUGAUACUUUCCGCGUUCAGAAUCCGUAAAGCUGCAACAGCUCCCGAGGACGCACCCAGAGACACUACAUCUAUCACAAAAGAUGUGGCAACCCGCUCCGCUAUCAUGUCCCGCUCCAGAGACUCUGGCACAGUGCAAAUGGAGGGUAGCACAGUGGCCCUCUAUGGGGAUCUCCUGCUCGCAGCACUUGUGGAACAGCGACAGCUGACACAAAUAGCCAAACGACUGAGGGACGUUGGAAUCAGAUACCGGUGGGGUGCGAAUGGAUCCCUGGCGGUACCACAGGAAGACCAGACACUUAUCUUGUCCUCCACAGAUGACCAAAAGUGUAUUAUUAUUUUUUUUUAUUAUAUUUUUUUUUCUCUCUCUCUGGCAGCUGAACCUGCAAGAUAGACACAGGGGAAUCCAGGGAUGAAAGCAAUCACAUACAGCGUCAGCCCAAAAGCACCCAAUUACCGGAGAAAGGCUUACAUGUGCCAACUUUGCCAAAGAGACACUCUUGGGCUAUGCCACAAUGUGCCACACUCUCUCUGGGUCUCCCGCAGACGUCAAGCUCACUACAACAGCUGACCUUCCUGAUUCAACAGUGUUGCUGCACAUAUAUGAACAGUUCCUGUAGAUUGUUUCUACUGCCGUUUGCACAUAGUCUUUAUACACAACUAUCUGACACAGCCAUUUUGGCAGCUUCUUAAAGUUGUUUAAUGUUGAUGUCACAUUGUUCUUAAUUGCAUACUGUGGCAAUGCUGUUUUUUUGAGUAUUUAAACUCUAAUAAAAUACAAAUUGAAAAAAAAUGCACUUUAAAGCGAUCUGUACUGAUAUGUAUAUGUUACGAAAUAAUGCAUGCAGAGGUUAUACCUGUAAUUUUUAAAUUUUUACACUUUUUUUUUUUUUUUUUCGUUUCCUAGCUCUGAGGAUGCACAGGAAGAGCUGCAAGAAUUUCAGGAGGCCAGUCGUGAAUAUGAAGCGGAGUUAGAAGCCCAGCUUCAACAAACAGAAGGCAGAAACAGAGACAUCAUCUCCGAAAAUAACCGAUUGCGAAUGGAGCUAGAGUCCAUUAAGGUAAGCAAGUUACUUUGGAGGGAUUUAUUAAAGUCUUGUGAUAUUUUUUUUUUUUUUUAAUUCUUUAUUUUCCGGUUGACAGAGAUAGUAAGUGUACAGAUGUUGGACAGAAGGUAAUGUGUGGGCUUGUGCAAAAGCCAAAAGAUAAACAGUGUAGUAAUGCAUUGUGAUACAGAGAGGUAUAUACCAGUAGAGUAGUGUACUGCUAACGCAACAUUAUUUUCUCAUAUACGAUUCUGUUCUGUCGAUUUUUCCAUACAUUUAAACAAUUCAAAACAUAACCAAACAAAUAUUAACAAGUUUGAACCUAAGAUCGAGUUUCUUUGGUAUGGUACGUGGAUUCGGAACUGCAAGUUAAGGGGCGAGAGUGGGUUAAGUUCAGUUCCGGGAUGGAGUGUGGAAUGGGGAAUCCACGAUGUGGGGUUUCUGCUGGGGUUGUGGGGGGGUUGGGUGGGGGUGAGAAGGUGUCCCUGAUUUGUGGGUUGUGUGGUUUUUCGGAGUUGCGUAUUACAUUGUGGACCUGUCUCGGACACUGACGUUUUGGCCCUUAUGGAUUGUGUGUUUAUGCGUGAUUCCUGUCGUGGUUGGUUGCCCCUUUUUUGUUUUUGGGUGUCUUAUGUGGCUGUGGUGGGUUCCAUGAGCCACAGAUCCCAUAUUUUGUCACAAUGCAUUGUGGUGUCAUGAAUGAGUGCAGAUAAACUGUCCAUUGCCCUGGCUUCGUUAAUUCUUUUCUUUAUGUCAGUGAGUGACGGGACUGUGGGUGAGCCCCAAUGGGAGGCUAUGGCUCUCCUUGUUGCCAAGGCUAGUUUGGCUAGUAGUUUGUUAUGAGCCCGUGGUGUACCGACCAGCGGUUUGGAUAGCAACCAUAACCACGGGUCUCUUGGGAUGGUGUCAUGAAGGACUCUGGAGGCCAGGGCCGCUAUGUCGGUCCAGAUUUGUGCAAUGUGGGGGCAUUCCCACCACAUGUGGUAGUACGUUCCCUUUUGGCCGCACCCCUUCCAGCAUCUAUCUGAGGUGGAUAGUCCCAUUUGCUUAUGUUUUAGCGGAGUAUGGUACCAGCGCAUCAGGGGUCUUGUGAUAUUUUUAUGUCUAAUUUUACAUCCUAGUUUAUUAAAUGUGUAUGGGUUUUUUUUUUUUUUGUUAAUCCAAACUAUCAAUGGCAAUAUAUUCACAUUUGUUUCCAGGAAUUAUGUUUUUUUUUUUUUUGUCUUUGUACAUUUGUUACUGUAAAUUUGGUUGUAUGAUGUCAGAACAACUAAGCUUAAUGUAGUUGUUUUGGUGUCUGUAGACCGUCCCUGCGGGUAUUUUUGCUGUAAAUACUGUCUUUUAAGAGAAAAGGCACCUAAGCACACCUCCAGUGGCAGUCACUAAGACACUCAAGGUGCUUCCUGGCUUGUGUAGCACUGACGUUCAGUGUUUCCACACUCCUCAUGGAGAUGCUGAAUAUUCCUCAUGGAGAUACAUUAAUUCAAUGCAUAUCUAUGAGGAGAUGCUGAUUGGCCAGAGCGGCAUAUGGCUCACCACCAGGCUCUGUCUCCUUACCUGAGAUCAUCAGAAUUGGCAAUGUCAGCCAAUCCGAUGGCUAUGGGAAAGCAUUGGAUUAACUGAGCUCAUCAAUUCUGAUGAUCUCAGCCAAAGAGGCUGGGCUGGGGACCCGCGCAAUGCUGAAAUAAUAUAUAUAUUUUUUUAUUUUAAGGGAGGUUGGUGGCCUAAAUAGUGUGGUUAUUUUAUUUUUGAGCUGGGGUGGGGGCAGUAUACACAGUCCCCACACCCUUGCCCUGUUACGAUUUACUUUCUGUAAUCCCCUUUUCCAAAUUUGACAGAAUUUUUGUUUUUUUUGUUUUUGAGAUAUAUUUGAGGUAUAAAUGAACAAUGUCUAGAACUAUAAAACAUGAUUUGUCUGACCACAUAUUUUGCUACGGCUAGGAAUAGACCGAUUAUCAGCAUUGUAAUUUACCAAUAUUACUGAUAACUUGCUUACCUCUCCCAUUCACCACAUGCUGUCUUCAGCAUCUGGAAACUCUAGUCUCCAGCCAGUGAUGUGCCAUGUUUUGACCUUAUUUAGCCUCUUUCAGUGAGUUCCCGCAUGGGGAGCUCAGCUGAAGGCAGGCAGGUGAGACAAUGAAUCCUCCACUGUAAUGUACUGGGCUGGCUGACGGUGAUUGGAGUGUAAUUGCUGUCGGCAUGUUCAGUCAGUGCCAGAUUUGUCUAAAGAUUUUAACUUUUUUCAAAACUUUCAAUGUGCAGAAUAUCGGCAAUCUGCCUGAAAGGUGACCAAUAAUUCGUAUCGGCAUCUGCUCUAGAAAAAUUAUAUUGGUAUGUCCCUAAUCUGGGCUUGUACAAUAUGACUAAAAAUGUCCAUGUGGGAACCAAAUGAGACACAUUUGCAACUCUUCAUUCUGCCAUUUACAAAUUGUUUUACGGUGCACAUAAAACCCAAUAUAAAAAAUAUAUACUUUUUCUUGUGUGCUAUAUCUUUAAGAUUAACUCCUGUUUUUACAUCUGUACAAUUAUGCAAAUUGUUAGACUGUGGAUCAAUUCAUGAUCACACCAGCUGGCUGUCAGUAGCAGCUGUCGGUGAACAAUGGCAUGACAUAGCUGUGCUAGACUCUUCUUGGCCUUAUUAUAAUCUCCAUUAGUGAGAACUUAAAACCUUGAGCCUGUUAAAUGUAUUUACCCAAAGCUGUCAUCCUUCUGACAUUUAAUGCGCGACGUUUGCACAACUUUGAAUUUUGCAGGAUUUAUUUGUAUUGUAAAAUAACCACUUUAGCUGUUUACUCACAAAUAUAAAUGUGGUGCUGUGUAUUUCUUUCUUUUGUAAUUCAAAAGCAUCAGUGAUAUAAAACUAAAAUCUAACAAUUAAUUUAUUUGUAUUAAAUUUUUAUUUUCUUAUAGAGUCCAAUAUUGGAUAGAACAUUGCAUGUUUUCUCUUCACUUGUUUGUUUUUAGAUGCAUGUAAAUUUUGCAAUAGUCGUUCCUGUUUCAAAACUAUUUUUAGAAGAAGUAACUUCUGCUUAUUUUACACCACCUUUUCCAUAGCCAACAGCUUAAGUUCACAAAAUCACAACAUGCUAAUUUAUGUGUAUCAGUUCUAUGGUCUUUGAAUAUUUUUUUGCAAAGACCCCGGAUGAUAACGUCACUGCUUGCUGUACGGUGGCCCGAGGGUGCAGUGGAAGGUAGGUUUUAUUUACUUGAUGCUAUCUCUCGCGGUAGCUGCCGCCUCCAUCCAGGGAAUUCUCAUCUGCCAGGAGCCCACAUCAGUGCUGUACUCUUAACACAUCCAACCCUCCAUAGCCAUCACUGUUGGCUAAGGAGGAUCGCAUGUGUGAGCGUACAGCACAGAUCCUUGGACACUCUGGUAGCCUCUACAAACAAUGCCUUUUUCCUCACAGCCAAGUUUUUUGAAGUGUAGGAAGAAUGCAUAAGACAAAAUAGUCCCCACUUGUGUUCUAUUACUUUUGUAAUUUUCUGUCUAAAAUUCCUUCACUUCUGUCAAAUUCCAACACCGUCAAUAGUAUGUCAUAAAGCUUUUAUAAAAUGCCUAAUACCUUAUGUUGGGGGAUGUUGACAGUCACUUUAAGGGACUAGCAUGUUAUAUUACUGUAUUUUAUCCGACAUCGUACUCUAUUGUCCAUAUCUUCUAAUACAUAGAACUGGGAGCCAAAAUGGCCGAUCCAGCUGUGUAACAUAUCCCUCUUCCACAAAAUAUUCCUUGGGUCAGUUUAACUGUAGGGGAAAAAAAAAACCAGAAGAACCUAUUAACAAGAACCAAAAUGGGCCGAUGGAUACCAAGUUACUGCUGCCGGCCUGGUAUGACAUAGUCCUAAAGUAAGGACCUCUGGGUCUGAAAUCAUUGGGCUUUAGCUCCCCCUGUGGUGCAGUUCCUCAUGUUGAUGUUGUUCAUGCUAAUAAAUCGGCGUUGACUUGUGUAUAAUGCUGGAGCUUGGUGUCUUUGUGGUAAUUAGCCCAGUGGCUUCUUCAUAUUCAAAUAGCUUUAACAAUCGUGUGUUUUAAGCAAUACAUACUCCAGUAGCUGGAGUCAUGACUUCACACUGUCUGAAAUAACAGGCGAGCCAAAAGAGAGUCCUUUUGGAGAGUCCUUUUUCCUAUUUCUUAUAUUUAUCAUAUAAGAAAUAGGAAAAAUGUUCAAAUGUUGCUUUUCUCCUAACAAAUCACCUUGGUUUAUGAAUGUGUACCUUGUACCUUUCCUCUUUUGACAAUGUGUGUGCUGAGCAAAGAUCUAACUUGAGAAAACUGAUAUUUUCUUUUUUCCAAUUGAUUUUUUUUUCCCCUCAGAAUAUUGUAAAUUAGCAGUCAGAUUUUAAUGAACAAAAAAAAAAAAAUAAUAUGCGGUCUGAAAUAAUACAGAUAUCUCAAGGCAAACUUUGUUUCCCUUUCUGGACAGGAAAAGUAUGAAGAGCAUCAUUCUGAAAACUACAUGCAGAUUUCAACUUUGGAAACAGAACUCUCUCAAACAAAGUCUGUUCUCGAACAGCUGCAGAAAUACAUUCGUGAACUGGAGCAAGCCAAUGAUGACUUGGAAAGGGCAAAAAGGUAAAUAUCUGUCAUGUCAUUCAGCUAAGGUACAGGUAGGCAUGUAAUAAAACAAAUCCUGAAGGUAAAAACUGAAAUAGUCUGUUCUCUUAUAUUGCACUGUAACAAGGCAUACACUGGGGUAUUGUUUUAUUCAAAAGAGUUUGAUGAGCAUAAUUUGGAGGUUUAGAUCUUCGUGGAACAUAUCCUAUUUGCAAAAUGCCCAGCAUAAAUUUAAUAUCUUCAAAAUGCAAAAAAUCUUUUACAACAAACUUUGACAUAAACUGGUGGUAGAAUGGCAGCAAAUUAAAGCACACUAUACACCAUAUGGGAUACCCUGGAGUGUCUAAUUUCACAAAUGGAAGGCAUUCCUUAACUGGAAAGAUUUUUCUGGUGGCUGUUACAUCAGCAAAAUGAACUUGGAAAAACAAAUUCCAUUGCAUCAAUGUCACUCACACUCUAAAAGUAUAUUUAAAAAAAAAAAGUGUAAUUUUCAUUGUUCCAGUAGGUUGUUUUGUGCUUUAUCGUGGUCAUAAGAAAGGUCUCAUGGCAUCAAAGUGUUCAUUGGCUAGAUGGAUUAAAGAAGCUAUUGUUCUUGCAUACAGGUCAUCCAGUGUUGUUCCUCCUCUUUAAACUAAAUUCGAAUUAAUUUUCAAUUAAAAGCUAAUUCCACAAGGGUUAUUGCUACCCCCUAAACAUUUAAGGCUUCAGCUGCUCCUUCUCAGAUUUACAAAGCAGCUACCUGGUCACCCAUUCAAACUUUCUCCAAACAGUAGGAGGAGUUUUAGGAGGGACUUAACUUUUUAAAUUCUAUGGUGCCUGCCUGCCUUUCUUGUGAAGACAUGGUGGAUCUCUCUAUUGUUGUGCACUGUCUCUAAUCCUAAGGAAAAAAUCACUUUAUGGCAAGUAAAAUUUGAUCUUUCUUCAGAUUCACUAAUUUAAGACUGCAAACUUCGGCCCUCAGUUCAUUUUACACUAGGAAUUUGGCUUGUGAGCACCAAUUUUAUUAGAGCCCAUAUUCAGCAGUGUAUCUGUAUCGGCCUUAUAAUUUACCGAUAACUUACUCGCCUCUCCCAGCCACCGCACGCUGACUUAUGCAUCUGUGAACUCUAACCGCCACACAAUGAAAUGCCUAGAGCUCCGUUAAAAGCAGGGAGGUGAGACGGUAAAUAAUCUUCUUCUUUAAUGUUCUGGGCUGGCUGACAGAGAUGAGAGCUAUCGGCAAUCACACUCUUAUCAGUAACAUUGUACAUGCUGGGUUCUCAGUGAUCCCAACAUGUACUGACUGCCUGGAAGUGAUCAGAGUGUGAUUGCUGUCCGCAUGUUCAGUAAAUGCCAGAUUUAAAUGGAAAUUCUUUUACUUUUUCCAAACUUUAAAUGUACAGAAUAUCGGCACCAGUUAUCGGCUCGAAAGAAGACGUUAAAGGCAUCGGCUCUGGAAGAAUAUUAGUCGAUCCCGACUUCUAAGCAACUUAUUGCAGAGUUUGUUAGAAAUUUUUCUAAACAUCAGACCAUCCAUUUGUUCUGUUGUGCAUCCUUUGGACCUAAACUUCUAUCUGGCUUUAUUAGGCUUUUGCAUCACAAGAUUUGUAACUACAUUUCUACCCAGACAAGGUUUUUUUUUUUUUUUGUUUUGUUCAGACCUAAAAUAAUCAGUUCUGCCACUUUGAACUUGGACAAUUUGUUGCCAGCUUUCCAGGUAUUACUGUAGAAUAAUAAAAGUCCUUCUGAUGACGCUAAAAGGCUACAUGUGUUAUUUGUCCAGGGCUAAGCCUUUCACAAAUCUGUUUGUACUUUACCAAGAUACUUCCAAAGGGAAACAAGCUUCUAAAUCCUAAUUAGCCCACUGGAUUUGUGAAAUAAUUUUUAAUUUCAUCAGAGCUCCACAAGACUUACUCCUGGGCCUCUGAAGCUUCAGAGUAACAGAUUUGUAAAGCGUCAAUAUGGCCUUCUUCUCUAGAGAUGUAACGUUCUGGAUGUUUUGAAGCCAUGGAACCCCCAAAGAAUGGAAAAACUGAAGAGACCAUCAACCUUUAUUUUUUUGUGGGGGUGGUUUUACCAUUCGUACUUUUUUUUUUUUGUUUUGUUUUUGUUUUUUUAUCAAGCCUUUUUAAAAUGGGUGUGUUUUGAGGAGAGGAUUUUAAUUAAUAUAAAUAUAAAAAAGUCGUGCUACCUGUCCAGGAGUAAGCAAGCCCAUAGGUUCUAAUUACCUGUAUACAGAGGGCAGGGAGAGAAAAAAUUUCUACCUUUGACAGGUUUGCUAAUCCUAUAAAACAGGAUAUAUUUAUUUAUUUAUUUAUUUUUUUAAUUCUUUAUUUUUGUUGUGCAAAAGUUUGACAGACAGGCUUGCCAUGCCACAACAGUAAAUACAGACAUUUCAAGAGGCGUUAAACUGUGGCAUGUAGUAGUACUGCACAUUUUUAAAGAUAAACAUAGUGAUGCAUAUAGUGUUGCUUAACAAGAAAACAGUAGAAUUGUUUGAGAUAUACUAUAUGGAUUAACAAUAACGUAGUCGAGUAUAAUAUAUCAAGAUAAGGGAACACGCUAAACUGUAGUUAAUUUGUCAGCAGGGUAGCCGCUGGGUACUAUGGUUGGUGUUACAUGAGACAAGAGUCCACUGGGUGGUAAGAUAAGAGACAGGUAUGUUGAUGUCGCCAGAGUGAAUACAAAUUAAAGCAAAUAAGAGGAAAUAAUGCAAACCGACUGAGGGCUAUGAAUUGCAUGUAGGGGGACUGUCAGCCUAUGCCUGUUUCAGGUAUCAUUAGUAAAUACUUGCUGUGUCCAUGAUAAACUUGUGGUUGCUGUCCCUCCAUGAGGCUCCAUAUGGCCCAUUUGUGUUCAGGCUUGGUUCUGGUUGUUUUCUUAGCCCAUGAUCUACCGGAGCCACAAAACCGCCAGUCGGAGUUAUCACUUCGCUCACGGGAGUGAAGGGGAGCCUGUCUCCCGCCCCGAAGGGUCUUUGUUUUCCGCUUGAUUUGGGCCCGGGUCCCUGUGCGGUUCGUUAGCUGGGCAUACUUCCAGCCACUCUGGGGCCAUGAGGGACGUGCUUUUCCGUGUGCGCCCGUUCCAGAGUCGGGUCUGUGGCCCUCUAAUUCGGCCGCUUUCUCCUGUUUAGCAGGUAAGGCGUGCAGGAGAGGUCUGUGUAUAGGCGCUGCCAGAACUUCUCGCAGAUCUGGUCGAACCGCGCCUCGAAGCGUUCUCUCCACGCUUGGAUUGUCAGGUCCUCUUUAGGCUGUGGUAGUUGUGGCUCGGCGGCCAUUUUAACCUUGUUUCGCGCUCUUAAUUCUGGCAGAAGAUUUGUCUGUUGCGGGUGAGCCACCUUGCCCAGCGGGGACCGGGAUGACCCCCACCGGUCCAGAGGGGGGGGUUGCGGGGUCUCAUGCUCGUCGCUGCUCGAUGCGGUCCCCGUGCUGGGAAAUCGGCCGCCUCUCCCGGCCACGAGGCCGCCUUCCAUGCUAGGCCUCAAAUGCGGAGUGUGGUAAAUCUCUACAGAGAGACUUGGUUCAAGUUUCCACAGGCUCCCACUCAAUUCCUCUGUUAGCCACAUUUGUGUGGAGCUGCAGGAGUCACGUUUAGGCCUUUAAAAGCCUUGAUUAAGCUCGGUUUUGCCAGAGCACUCGGUAGGCACCAAAAACAAGAUAUUUUAUAAUCUGUAAAAUGUAGGAACUGUUUUAUUUUUUUUUCUAAAAAAAAAUCUUUAUUUGGUUUCUCUUUCAAACAGUCAAGUUUAUUUAUUUUUAACAAUGAAUGUUUUAAUAAACAGAGUUACAAAUCUAAAAAAAAAUAUUUUUUUUGUAGUGAUAAUUAAGCUUAUUUAAAGAUCAUUUUUAAGCUCUUUAUGGUCAAAACCAAAGUUAAUAAGCCACCUAUAUGGACAGUGAAGUGGAAGUAUGGACUUAGAAGGGAGACAAAUGAAGCCUGACUGUGCAGAUCCGUUACUGGAUGUUGGAAUGGUUGUCCGCUUUGGCAAUUACCCAACUUGGUAAUUAAAAUGGAAAAAAAAAUGUAUUCGACCUGAAAUAACUUCUCUUUUUUUUUUUUUUUUUUUAAAUAAAAAAAAUAAUAUAUAUAUAUAUAAUUAUAUGUGUGUGUGUUCAUGUUUUUGCCCUGCUUAAGUGCAUUAUGCUGCUUUUAAGACAUCUCAGAUUUGAGGGUGUGUGAUACUUUUGAACAGUGCCUUCUUCAUUUCAGUGUAUCUUGUGAUAUAUUACUAGGCAAUUGUUUACUAUAUCUCUGAGAGUAAAAUUAUUGUUUUUAAUUCUAUGCCUCUGCUUUCACUAGAGCCACAAUAAUGUCAUUGGAGGAUUUUGAGCAGCGGAUGAAUCAGGCUAUUGAGAGGAAUGCAUUCCUUGAAAGCGAGCUUGAUGAAAAGGAAAAUCUUUUGGAAUCUGUGCAGAGGCUGAAGGAUGAAGCUCGGGGUGAGACAUUACAUAAUCUGCCCACUUCAUUUCUACUUUUUCCUUCCUGUUCUCAGAAAUAUCACAGGGUUAAAAGAACAUUCCAAUUACCACUUUAGCUUGCUAUAGUAAUUCUGGGGCCUUGGCACCCCUCUUCCCUCCUAGUGUAAAUGGUCAACCCGUUUUUGAAUGGUUUGACUUUUACUGGGGGUUUAUCGGACGCAGCUCCUCACCUCUGCUACAGACAUUAACUUUAUUUAGCUCUCCUGAGUUAAGCUUUGCAGUGCCAUGUGUUGCAGGGCUUAGCUCAACAGAGCUAACUGAAGUUCCUGCUUAGGAUCUCUUGACUCUCCGACAUUCAUGAUGGAGACAGUGUGGUGUCUGGCGUACGCUAGGUAGGUCAAACUGUUUAAAAAAUAAUUUUGACUACUUAAGUUGGAUUUGUUGUACUUUGGACCUCCUUAUUGCAUAAGUGCUUUACAUGGUUUGUGGCACAAAUCUUUUCGUCAAAGACUCUGUGAAUAGUCAAUGACACGUGCUUCAUUAAGUUCGUGUGAAAAUGGUCUAUACAUGCUUAAAAAUAACUUACUAUGGCUGGGCAAAGUGCAAUUUCACUUUGUCAAAAAUGACCUUUAAGUAAGUAAACACAUAAAUUUGAAUGUAGUUAAGAGGUCACUCUAUGCAGUGAUGCAAAGUUAUGGUGCAGAGUGUCUAACAACCGCCUAAUCACUGCAGCUAUAAGCCUUCCUCCUGGAUAAAGUAAAAAUGUCAUGGGAGCAGUCUCACUGAGCUCCUCUGCUGCACACAAAUCUGAAGCAGGCUGUGUGUGAAUAGGUAAAUAGCAGCCGAGGUACGGCUGUGAUUGGCUUAGUUAGCAGUUCCACUACCUCCUCUACCUUUUACUUUGAUUGUUGCAGGCGAUGUAUGUGGUAAUUUACAGUGCAUGCAAGCAUAUUCGGUAAACUUUGCUCUAAUUGUCCUGUGCAUUACUGCAAAGACUAAUUACCAGUUUCCUGGAAGAGGAUGUGUUAUUUUGCUAGUAACCUUUAAAUCCUAUUUCAUAUUUAACCAGCACAUUAAGCAUUGCUGCCUUCCACGGUCAGCUGCACCUUUUUUCUUUUUUUUUUUUUCUUUUAUGUUUCAGUACAAUAAAUACAGAGGAAAUUACGUUAGACAAAAUGUCAGUAGGAAACACAAUUGUCUUGCACAUGACAUACAAAACUCAUGAAUUUCAUCAGACAGGCUGGAUACAUUUGUAAUAUUAUUUGUUAAAAGACUAACUUUUCUGUGCAAAUGGUCCAUUAUAACAGAUGUCAUUAAAGGGAUUUAUUGUCAUUGUAGUGAACUGAAAUCUGAAUGGCAAGAUUGAGGCUCAAAUAUAAAUAUAACGGAGUUGGAGAAUUUUUCAGAAUAAGCAUAAUUUGCUAAUUUCUUUAACUUUUUGGCUUUUAUAUUCUCAACAAUUUAGUUUGGUGAAAAACAAUAACCCCUGAAGGUUUGUUUACAGGUUGGAUAACCUAUUUACAUCAACCAAUCAUAUUGACACACUGUCUGUUAGAGCAGUCAUUCCCAGCUCACUUCUCAAGGGACACUAAUAGUCUGGCAUUAUCCAGUUCAGGUCCCUUCUACUGACAAAUCUGGACCGGUGGUAGCCUUGAAGACUUGGUUGUGAAUCAGUGUUAGAGGCAUGUUACAAAGCAGUCUAAAUUUAAAAAAAAUAAAAAAAAAUAAAUAAAUAACCUGAAGUCUAUCAAGUUCAACCGUGAAGCCCAUGUUGUUGAUCCAAAAGAAGGCAAAACAAAAACAAUUGUAGCCAUUCCCAGUUAUGCCACAAAAAAGAUUUUUAAAAAUCCUUCUUGACUCCAUAAUUGCAGUCGGAUUUCUCAUUGGAUCAACAACCUGUUUACAUACAUGUUAAUUAUAUCAUUAAAUGUUCUGUUUAUGCAAAAAAAAAAUAAUCAGACAUUAUUUAAAAAUAUUUUAGGAAGAGAAUUCCACAUCUUUAUUGUUAUUAUUGUAAAUAACUCUCUCCUUUGCUGUAAGCAAACACGCCUUUCUUCCAAUCUCAAUGGGUGACCUCUUGUUCGCUGUAUAUUACUGCUAAUGAACAGGUUUGCACAUAGCAAUUUGUACGGACCCCAGAGAACCAUGCUUAGCCACUGGCUGUACUAAUUAUGGCCUGCAACUGAACACACCACCUGGUAAAUGAGUAGCAGUAUUUAUUACUAAGUGGAUCUUUGUAUUACAAUUUAUUUUUAAAAAUAAAACAUAAGUUUGAAAGCAGUAGCUCUUUGGUGCAUGUGCAAUGUUAUGUUCAGACCUGACAAAUCGCUAUCCAUACAUUUUAUUUUUUUAUUUUUUUUUAGAUUUAAGGCAGGAGCUGGCUGUACAACAGAAGGAGAAGCCCAAACCCAUUAUAGGUGACAGCCCUGAUGCUGGUAGAAUUGACACCGCAGUCCAAGCCUCUAUGUCUGUACCAUCAACACCAGUGGGUCACAGAGGAAGCAUCUCUGGACUGAGUUCACCAAUGCUGUAUAGAACAAGUAAGACUCAUUGUUUUUCACUGGAAAUUUUACUGUGUAAAUUAUAAAAAAAGGGGGGCUUCUUGGAUUGGCACAAUCUUACUAGCUUGACACCCUAUCUUCUAAAGAGGCAUCUUUGUGUUGGUAAGCUCCUCAAACAGUUGUCAAAAAAUAGUCCCUCCCUUUGCUUUACUCCUGUUUAUUAUAUUAUAUCCUGUUUCUGUUUGCUGCAAAUGACGCCAGGAGGAAAAAUGGUUAUCAAUUCUCUUUUUCAUUCAUUCUUGUGGUGGUUUUGUCAUUGGCUUUACAUUGCACAGGGAGAAUUUUGUUAAUGAUUGUAGAUUUGAUGGAUGAAGGUUUAUUGGUGCUGAUUGGUGUUGACUGCCGCAAGGAUAAAUGAAAACGAAAUUGAAAGGAAACAAAUCUUUGUCCCUUAUUGGAUGAAUGCAUAAAGGAAUUUAUGCACCUUCCUGAUUUUUUUUAUUUUUUUAUUUUUUUUUAAUAGAUUUGAUUUUUUUUUUACUUUAAGCAAAAAAAUUAAUUGCUCAAUUAUAACAUAAACCUAGUAUAUCUAUAUAUUGAACACACAUUCGUUAUACUCCUGUUUGUUAUUGCAUCAGAGUGUAAUGCUGAUAACAAUCCGCAAAUGGUGGCAACAUUCCACUCUAUUGUUUUCACUAGGAAACCUAUCCUCUGAUAUCCGUACUGAUAUUAGCUGAUGGUUUCCUUAGGGUUCGGGUUACCAUAGUGUUAUGGAAGGGUUAAGGUUUAGUGUUGGGGUAAGUUAAGAGUUAAUACUGAGUUAGGGUUAAUGCUGUUUUGUAGUUUGGGAUAGUGUAAGGUUAGGGCAGGUAUAUGGUUAGAAUUACAAGUAUUAACAAAUGAUUAAAAGAUCCUGUUUAUUUUAUCAUACUAAAUAUACGUUUGUCACCUAUUUCUUGGAAUAUACAAACAAAUGAGAUUGUCAGGACAGCGCAUAUAUCAUUUGUGUGCUUUCAUUUUCUUUUUCUUUUUUUUUUUAUGUCUCACUGUACAGCAAAUCCAUUUUGUUAUUCUCUGCUUUUCUCUUUGCUGUAGGUUUUGAUGAUGGCUACAGUGGUACUCCCCUUACACCAUCUGCCCGGAUAUCUGCGUUGAAUAUAGUAGGCGACCUCCUUAAAAAAGUUGGGGUAAGGACUGCAGGUAUAAUGUACAUAAUGCAAUCACAACUCUGCAUAUUAAAAUUCCAUCUGAAACUGUUACAGUUGUCAUUGUUGUGGUUGUUUUUAAUAUAAUAUUUCUAUGGAGCGUUUGUAGAAUGUAGAACAUUCAGCAACUUUGCAGUUUUAUUUGCAGAAUUCUAUUUUCUUUUACCAACUAGCACAAGGGUUCUUGAAAUGAGUCCCUAUGAUGUUUUCAUGUGAAAUUCUGGUCUUUUAUCCAGCACUAGAUGUUGUAAUAGCAAGUUCCUACAAAAAUGCUCCAGUUCCUACUUAUAUAACCACUUAAGGACCAAACUUCUGGAAUAAAAGGGAAUCAUGACAUGUCAUGUGUCCUUAAGGGGUUAAAGUACAUAAAACCCUUGUUUACUGUCAAUACCCAAAAAGAAUGUCAUGAUAAAAUAUUUACAAAUACAAAACACAUUUAUUUUCUGUUCAAAUGGAUUCCGGGUGACUGUAUGGAGCAGUGCUAAAUUUUCAUGGAACACUCCCAAACAUGUAUUCCCAAUGUCAAUGUUUUCCUAUCUGUGUAGAUUGAGUUGUUCCUACCCCCGAGUCAUUGCAGUAAAGCAAUUUACUUACCUUUUAGUCCUCUGGUCUCACAAUGGUCACCGCUCCUCACCUUAGAGGGAUACUGUAGUGCCAGGAAUACAAAGCUGUAUUUCUGACACUACCAAUCCCUCUGCCUCCUUCGUGCCCAUUUCCGGGUAAAUAUAGGGUUAAAAACUCUUUAUUUUCCUUAUCCCGGCGCUGAUGUCGGCCAGCACUGGGUCAAAGCUAGGCCCCCUCUGAUGUCCCACGAAAAGCAGGUCUAAUGUGCAUGCACAGCAAAUGCUGCACGUGUAUUAGACCUCCCCAUAGUAAAGCAUUAAAUCAAUGCUUUCCUAUGAGGAAAAAAAUCUGACACUGGAGGUCCUCAUGCAGAGCGUGAGGACGUCCAGCGUCCGAUAAUGGACCAAAAGUCGGUUACGUUUCCGGAAACGCCUCCAGUGACUGGUAGACAGCCACUUAGGGCAGACUUAGUGCUGCAAUGUAAACAUUGCAGUUCUCUGGAACUGCAAUGUUUUACACUGCAGCACUAGGUGCAAAAGGGACACAGCACCCAGACCACCUCAAUAAGCUGACUUGGUCUGGGUGCCUACAGUUUCCCUUUAAAAAUG